AUGGCAGAACCUCGUGCAAGUAGAUUAGAAGGCAUCUGUGUCGUCAAUGUUGGCCAUUAUCGUUCUGGCAGUACUACCCUGGCGGGGGCUGCCACACUUCUUGGUUUGAACGUCUACCGAAAGUUCCCUGACCUAACGCAAGAGCAGUACCAGGAUAUCCUCCACGACCCAGAGAAGGCGGUGACCAAGUAUUUUUCAACCCCUGAUGCCAUGGAUUUUCUCCUUGGUAUUAUCAAAGAACAUGAUCUGGUUUGUGACGGGUGGUUUGCCUUGCUAGCACAUGCACCGCAUUGGCUCCUCAAGUUAGAAAAAGAAGCGAAUCAAAAUGGAAUCCAUCUCAAGUUUGUGGCAUCGGUGCGAGAUCCCAGUGCAACUAUCCAAUCAGAGUUACAGCAUUGGGUCCGUCAUGGUCUCGAAGCCAAAGCUGGCCUCAGUCAUGAAGACCGUGAAAAGCUCCCGCUGAGUCUCAAGAUCAGAACUGACAAGCAUCUUGAGAGCAUUCAGAAGCUAAAGGAGCAGGGAAAGGUAACUAUUCUUCCGCUGGAGGAAGCAGACUCUAUCUGGCCCAAAGAGCUAACCAAAGUCAGUAAAUUAUCGGAGGAAAGGUGGGCCGAGGCUUUCAAAACGGUCGGAAAGAAAAAUGCCAACCCGCCUCUUCCAAUCGAAGGAAUUCUGCUAACAAUGCGAAUUGGAAAUACGCCGCAAUCUGAUACUAUGAUCAGAUCUGUGGAACGGUUGCUUGAUGAACUUGAACAGGAUUCACUCUGCAGAUACAUGGUCGUUCUUGCAAUUGACGCAGACGAAGAGUCAAGUGAUGGCACGCAAGAUCUCCUGCAGCGACUCCAUUCUCGCGCGAAUUCCCAUUACCAGAUGCAUUCCUUUCAUUCCAUCAUCAACGAAGACAGGGACAAUACUCAGCUUUUGCCUUUGUGCCGCAUAUGGGAAAAUAUGGCCGUCAAAGCUUGGGAGGAAGGUGCCGAUUGGGUAGUGCUUUUGGGUGACGACAUCCGUAUCCAAUGUUCCUACCACUAUCGGGCAAUUUAUCGCAGCUUUUUGGAGAUAUCGGAACGCUUGAAAGUCCCAUUUGGAUUCGGCAGUCCGUGGUGGAACGACACUACCUUUCCAGGAUUCCCCACUUUUCCUUGCAUUGGGAAAGCCCAUUAUGCCAUAUUUCGAGGGUUAAUACCUCCACAUCGACGAGGCGUAUUUGUCAAUCAAGACUUGGACCCAUAUCUUCAGUGCCUGUACCUCAAGUUCAAAGCAGCGCCCCUCGUAUCGGAAGCCAAACUUUCCAAUGAUACAGGUGGCAAUGUUGGUGCUAGCCAGGCUCGAUAUCAGCGAAUCGAAGCGAUUGGUUGGCGUGACUUUGUUUGGGAAGACAUUGAUCCCAUCCGCCAACAUAUCCAUAGAAUCGAUGGAAGUGCCGACGAAGCAUUGGUCUUGGACGUCAUUGUCCCUUCCUAUCGAGUUCGCUUGGAAUAUCUGGAACCGAUUUGCUCUCUUACAAUUCCAGACUAUCUCUGUGUUCAAUUCAUCAUCAUAGUUGACAAUGUCAAGAAACUGCUCCAGGUGGCUCGUUUAUUAAGUGACACUGACAGGGAGUUGUCAAUCCAUGAAGCGGAGAGGAUUCUGGAGGCUCGCUUGAGUACUGGCAACAACCGAGUUCGAGUCCGAUGCAAUCGAAACAAUGUUGGUGCGUCUGCCAGUCGCAAUCGCGGUCUUGACGAAAGUGCCGCAGAGUUCUUUCUCAAUUUGGACGAUGACUUGAUUCCAAAUUCUGACUUGCUGGAACAUUAUGGGCAGCAGCUGCUACGGUCGGUCUCGGAUCCCACAGUGGUCGGCUUGAUCGGCUUGGUCCAUUUUCCUCGACACCCAGAAUUGCCUUUGAAAUAUGCCGCUGUCUUGAUGAGCUACUUGACUUUUAUGUUUGAGAUUGCAGGCCGAACGGAUAUGUAUGAUCACCCGGCUUGGGGUGUCACCGCCAACAUUUUGUUCCGUCGAACACCGGUUCGAUUUGACGAGGCCUACGCCAAAACUGGUGGCGGAGAAGACGUCGACUUUAGCCUCCGCGUUGCUGGAAAUGAAGGUAAAUUGAUUCCAGUACCACGGGCGCGUGUGGUACAUCCUUUUUGGGAAGGCUCAGUGUGGAACUUGGGGAGCCACUUCUUUAAUUGGGCGAUUGGUGAUGGCGGCUUGCUGAGCCGCUUUCCAAAGUACACAUACUGGUCUUUUCCAAACCUGUCUGAAACGCUAUUCGCCUUCAUUCCAAUGGCCUUGCUAGCAGGGUGUCCAGAAAAGGUUAUCUUUUGGAUCCCAUUAUUUGUGCUGGUGGAUGUGAUUGUGGACUGUUCCAACCGAGAUGAAUACAUGCAUCGUUGUAGCCUCCUAAAGCACGAGCGGCAUCCACUCUUCUACUUUUUGGCUCACAUCUUGGCAAACAUCUAUGUGGUCGUCUUGGAAUGUGGUCGUCUAUGGGGACACUUGAAGCGAUGGAAUCUGACAUGUGUUUGUCAUCGAUUCGAUUGGCAUUGCGGACGGCUGCCAAAUGCCCCCUGCAAUUUCCGCAAACGGGAAAAACUCAAAUUUACUGGGUUUUGUAUUAUGAUGGUUCUCGUUGAGCUUCUCGUGGCCAACAAUUUGUCUUGGAGUUGGAAGGCUUUCGCACUUCGAGGCAGCAAUGAAACCUGCCCAGCAUUCUGA